AUGGCUCGCACCGUCACCAAGAAGCGCGCUGCCGAUUCUGAUAGCGAGCCUGAGACUGCUUCCAAGAGAGUCAAAAGCACCGCGACAUCUGUUGAGUCCGAUGGCAAAGAUGAUGAUGGAAACCCGUUCUGGGAGCUAUCCAACAAGCGCCGUGUAGGUGUAUCAGACUUCAGCAAGAAGACCUUUGUCAAUGUCCGAGAGUACUACGAGAAGGAUGGCAAGACUCUGCCAGGCAAGAAGGGCAUUUCACUUUCCAUCGAGCAGUACAAUGCUCUCCUGAAAGCCAUUCCGCGUAUUAAUGCCACUCUGCGCGCCAAAGGUCUCGUUGUUGAAGGCGACGAGGCAGAAGAGCUCGAGACUGCUCUAGAGCCUAUUCCAAAGGCUAAGAAAGAGCGAAAGAGGUCGCCCAAGUCCAACAUCGAUGUCACCAGCGAAGAAGAGGAGGAUUAG